AUGGAGAGCUCAGAGAGCAGGGCGCAGGAGCCCAGCCCGAAGGCAGCUGUGUGGGAGGGCACACCGCAGUACGACUAUGUCUGCUUUGAGAAAUGCUCCCGUUUCGGGAUACCUGCGGAGGCAGGACACGAGGCCGGGGCCACAGCGGACGGCCUGCGCUCCCCGGAGAACGCCCUCAGCUACCCACAGCUUUAUGGCCGAUACACAGACCAGGUAACAGAUAACAUUUCAGACAAGGAAGCAGCAAAACUGCUGAAGAAACAGUCCCAAAGGAACAAUGGAAGACCCCUGAAACGUGACAGCCAAGUACAGAUCAAAGAAGAGCACUAUUCCAAAUGUCAAGACUGUGCUAAACGCAUCCAGAAAUAUGUUACCAAGAAGCUUGGAGAGGACUGGAUUUUCUUGGUUCUGUUGGGUCUGGUCAUGGCGUUGGUGAGCUGGGGAGUGGAUUAUGCCAGUGCAAAGACCGUACAGGCCUACAAGUGGACAUACGGAGUGCUGCACCCGAAUAUCCCUCUGCAGUACGUGGUGUGGGUUGCGUUCCCGCUCGGCCUCAUUCUGUUCGCGGCCAGCUUCUGCCACUUCGUCUCUCCACAGGCUGUUGGGUCUGGGAUCCCAGAGCUCAAGACCAUUAUGAGGGGAGUGGUCCUCAAGGAGUAUCUCACUCUCAAAGCUUUUGUGGCCAAAGUUGUGGCCCUCACAGCUGGGCUUGGAAGUGGCAUGCCUGUGGGGAAAGAGGGUCCUUUUGUGCACAUUGCCAGUAUCUGUGCUGUGGUACUCAGCAAGUUCAUGUCGAUCUUCUGUGGGGUGUAUGAGAAUGUGCAUAGGCAGCUCGACCUCCUGGUGCCGGCUUGCGCAGUUGGAGUCAGAUGUUGCUUCAAGGCUCCUCUUGGAGGGGUUCUUUUCAGCAUCGAGGUCACCUCCACCUACUUUGCUGUGCGCAAUUAUUGGAGAGGCUUCUUUGCAGCUACCUUUAGUGCCUUCGUGUUCCGAGUCCUUGCUGUCUGGAACAAGGAUGCAGUUACCAUCACAGCCCUGUUCAGAACAAACUUCCGUAUGGAUUUCCCCUUUGAUCUGCAAGAGCUGCCAGCAUUUGCUAUAAUAGGCAUAUGUUCUGGAUUCCUUGGAGCCUUUUUUGUUUAUCUCAAUCGCCAAGUGGUCCUGGGCAUCCGACGUCAUAAAGCUCUGAGCCAGUUUCUCACCAAACACCGACUGAUAUACCCUGCGGUUAUAACCUUCUGUAUAGCGUCUGUGACAUUUCCUCAUGGAUUUGGGCAGUUCAUGGCAGGAGAGUUGAUGCCACGGGAAGCCAUCAGCACUCUCUUUGAUAAUUAUACCUGGAUCAAACACUCUGGGGACACCCAGAUCCUGGGGAAAUCUGCUGCCUGGAUCCAUCCUAAAGUCAGUGUCUUCGUCAUCAUCCUGCUCUUCUUCCUCGUGAAGUUCUGCAUGGCUGUUAUUGCCACCACGAUGCCAAUCCCCUGUGGAGGCUUCAUGCCUGUUUUCGUAUUAGGUGCUGCAUUUGGACGUCUCAUUGGGGAAAUCAUGGCAUCGCUUUUCCCCAACGGGAUCCUCUUUGAUGACAUUCUUUAUCAAAUCUUACCUGGAGGGUAUGCUGUCAUUGGUGCAGCAGCUUUGACAGGAGCAGUGAGCCAUACUGUCUCCACCGCUGUGAUCUGCUUCGAGCUGACGGGUCAGAUCUCCCACAUCCUGCCCAUGAUGGUGGCUGUCAUUCUUGCCAACAUGGUAGCCCAGAGUUUGCAGCCCAGCCUCUACGACAGCAUCAUCCAGGUGAAGAAGUUGCCCUACCUGCCAGACCUGGGCUGGAAUCACAUAAGCAAAUACAAUAUCUUUGUUGAGGACAUUAUGGUCCAAGAUGUGAAAUUUGUUUCCUCCAACUGUAAAUACCGAGACUUGCAAGCGGUACUCCAAAGCACCACAGUGAAAUCUUUGCCUUUGGUGGACUCACCAGAGACCAUGAUCCUCCUGGGGUCUGUGGAGCGUUCGGAACUUCAGGCUCUGCUCCAGACACACAUCAGCCCAGAGCGGCGGCGGCUCCUCAACAGAGAAAUGCAGCAGAAGCUGAAUGAGGCACCCUACAAUGGACCCUGGGCAAACCUGCCAAAGAUGAAGCAUGAUUCUUUUGCUUAUGUCGAUGAGGAUGAGGAUACAGAGGAGAAAGGAGAGCUGCCUCGGCCUCCAAGUCCCACUCCCAGUUAUCCAGAGGAGCCCAAUGGCCCAACAAGUCCUCUUAAACAAAUGCCUGAAACCUUGGAGCCCCAGCAACGCUCAGGCAGAUUCAGGCAUCUGAGGCAACUGAUCCAGCAGCUCUUGUGCCAUUGCAGCCGUCCACAUGAAACAGAGAGCACCAUCCAGGUUAGGGCUACAGAGAGCCUGGUAGUACCCUGAAGAAGGAAGGGAAUGCAAUGGAACUAGAAACUACUACUCA